CAGCUACAAUAAACGCUCUCCCUCACGCAACCGUUGAUGCCAAUGACAACGUAUUGACACCUCGUAACUUGGCUCCAGAGGCCAAUCUCAAUCGACGUACUCCCGAACUGCAGGAUGACGAACAUACCACUAGCCACCUUGCAACCAGGUACUGGCCUGAUAACAGCGGCAAUGGGUAUGCAAACCCAAACAGACAGUUCGGGCAUUGAGCAAAUAAUGUGGAACUUCUUGCGUUCUGCCCCAGGGCCUAGCAGUUUGGAGUCGGACUUGUCAUUUUAUGUACUUCGCGAGCUGUGUGGUUGGUUCAGAACACUAGCCGGUAAAUGUAAUUUUUGGGGGAUCUUAUUGAGGAGAAUGACAUCCUACGUAUAGCAUAUAUUUUGACCAAACUUUGACCGUCAGAUGUGAUCGUGUUUUACUCAACAGCUUCAGCAGUUAUCAUUUUAUUGGUUUGUCCGUGUCUAAAAUUGCACAACUGUUCCAUGCACAAC